AUGUACUUGUGUAGCCUCUGCUCGAAGCCAUUCAACCAACAGUCCUCCAGGAAUCGGCACUUGGAAUAUUGCCGCCAGGCACAAGAACGACCUCGAGUGCGAACUCCGUCGUGUCGCGCCUGUAGCGCGGCCAAGACCAAAUGUACAAGCUCACACCCAUCAUGCACCCGGUGUCUGCGCCGGGGCAUAGAAUGCGUAUACGAACAGCGACCCGGCCGGCGGCAGCUACCCAAACAAGGCGGCGCCGAUGAGCGCGUUUCCAUAGAGUCAGUCAUCAUUAAUAUAGACGAUAGCAGUACAGAGAGCCUGGCGGCCAAUCUAGACCAACUGGCGGAUGAUUUGAUUUGGGACGGACAGUCGAGUUCUACGGACUUCCUCAUGAGAGAUCCAAUCCUCGCUGUCCCCAAGAGCACGAAAGCUGUUACCCCGACGAUGACUCCCGCACCGGUGGUAGACACCACUCCUGACUUUUUCGGCUUGCAAGGCUGGGACACGGAUCCAUCGGAGCUACUCGCUGCACUCACCGCGCCAAAGGUCUCGCCCUUGGCUGAUGCAGGGUUUCUUACGCGGUUACCUAUUGACGAUCCCAUCGCACAGCGGCACGCCGCUUAUCUGAUUCAAAUACUGCGACCUUUUCCGCAAAUGAUGGCCCGAAAAGCCAGUUUUCCACCCUUCAUCCAUCAGAACUGGCACCAUGGAGAUGGGCCUAAAGCACAGAAGACAUUGCCCGAGCCGAUUGGUAACUGCAUGAGAAUCGCACAGAUGUUCGCUUCCAGGACACCGGAUACGAGAGACUUUGUAUGGAGUGCUAUUAGGACGGAACAGCGGCGACUGAUGGUCCAGUUAAUGGAGUUCACCCAGUCCGAAUCAUUCGGGCCGGAGGACUUGCUUGCCUCUAUACAAUGCUAUAUUAUUUAUAUUAUCAUGCGCGUAAUCGAUGACGCGGCAUAUCAUAGCGAGCAUGACCUCGAUAUGCUGCUAACCUUCGCAGCUAUCCUAACGAAAGUAAAUAUUAGGGUCGCAUGCAUUUGGUUCCUCAUCGGGCAAGUCGUAGUCACUAAAACGGGUAUCCCUUGCGACACGUCGGAAGAAUACCAUUGUCUUCCCCUGCAGGGUGGCCGAUCCCUAUGGGAGAGUCGAACAAAUCAAGGAUGGGAAGCGGAGUACAGCGCAACGCAGACAACUAUCCGGGGGAGACAGCUUACGUAUUUUGGGGACUUGAUGGAGGCUCAGAAGGCGAACAGUGACCCAAGCAUGAUUCAGAAGAUGGAUUCCUGGAAUGCAGAGGCUGAUACACUGGGAUUUAUGCUUACGCUAGCUACAGCAAUGGUCUAG